AUGGAUCCUUCGGCACCAGCAUUCAACAUUUCGCCAAGACGGACGAUCAACAAGCCCGACUGGAUCAUCACCAGUGAUGAAGUCGAGCAGGGCUGUAUACUGUGGCUCGGGACACCUACAGAGACGAUGGAGUCGCAGCGUCGGAGAGGAGCGCCCACUACGCAGGUGAUCAACGCACAAUCAAAGUUACCAGCCAACAACGGCAUGUACGAGCAUCCCUUUUUGGUGUUGUCAAGACCUGCUUCGGAUCCAUCCAGGAUCUACUUCUUGCCUAUGACUUCCCUUGGCGGACAAUCCCUCGCUUCAAAAUACACCUUACGCAAAGCAGCAUACCACCAAGCAACAUUCCUGCCAGUCGCACCCGCCGAACUCCAUCCUCUCUAUCUUGCCGGAGACAAUCGCUACCGCACCUUAACAUUAAAGAACGGCGAUCGUCUCGAGAAGUCGACCUACGUCAACGUCCGAGAACUCUACGAAAUGGACUGGAGAGACGCCCAGCUCUACUGGGGAUCCAAUCCCACCCUCCGAAAGAAAUGGAAACUCGACAUGCCUUCAAUACAAACCGUCCUCAACGUAGCGACGAACAACUUGAAGAUCGCGGUGGAGAGGCAAUACUUCCCCGCCUUGGAGAACGUGACUUUCUCUCCCACGAAUCGUCUCGGACACGGAUACAGAUCUCAGCUCCUAUCUCCCCUGCACCGCCGCCUAUCCAACCAUUCGAACAUGAUGCACCGCUCUCGGACUAUCCCCGCUAUGGCUUCUCCGAUCUACCGUCCCAUCACGCCCCCACAGCCUUUCGUCCAACGCUCACCGACAAGUCCUCCGAGAUAUGCCGUUCGAUCGCAGCCUCCGACCAUCCACCCAGCACUGCAGGCUGAGUUCUCUCCACCAGGUAACGUACAAUCUGAACGCGCGGAGGGAUCUCAGCAGGCGCAGAGGGCUGUGGAGGAGGAAACGCCUCUGCUCCUCUCGUACAACCUACAGACGCCGGGGGACGUGGAGCAGCCUGAGCAGCAGGGAGGCGAGUCAGUGUGUGGUGGUUGGUGGAUGCUAUGGUGCCCUUGUCAGUGA